UCCCUUCGGCGCGCCACUGAAGAUCCUGGUGUCGCCAUGGGCCGCCGCCCCACCCGUUGUUACCGGUAUUGUAAGAACAAGCCGUACCCAAAGUGUCGCUUCUGCCGAGGUGUCCCUGAUGCCAAGAUUCGCAUCUUUGACCUGGGGCGGAAGAAGGCAAAAGUGGAUGAGUUUCCGCUCUGUGGCCACAUGGUGUCAGAUGAAUAUGAGCAGCUGUCCUCUGAAGCCCUGGAGGCUGCCCGAAUUUGUGCCAAUAAGUACAUGGUAAAAAGUUCAUUGAGGAAAGUGACAGAAAUGUUAAGAAGUGCUGUUUCAGGGAUAGUGCUUAUGGUGACAGAAGAUGUUGCUCUCAAGCAGAAGUCCGUAUGA